GAAGUCGCUGCCUUGUGGGACUUAACACCAUACAUACCCUCGAGUCUCCGGAGUAAGGAGGGACCCUGAUACUGGCUUUUCCGGGGACUGGAAGGGACAACAAAUACUGAUUUAUUUCUGGACAGCUUUUUGUGUUGCCAGGCGAGCGAAAGAGUCCGAGCAGCAGCCAUGUCAGUUCACUGCGGCCCCUGUGGAUCCCUCAACUGCUGCUUCUGACCAAACCCUAUCUAACAAACCGAAGAUGUCAGCGUGCAGUGACUUUGCAGAACACGUGUGGAAACCCGGCUCUUGUAAGAACUGCUUCCACCCGUUAAGUGCCCACCAUUCCUCUGGCAGCAACUUGGAUGGCAGUUUGCCAACAGUCUGUAAGAGGACCAGCUUGGGAGGUGAUGAAGAAGCUGGAGUAACUGCACCUUCACCUUACAGCAAGCCGACCAUCGCUGUCAAACCCACUAUGAUGAACCCUGAUACCACCGAGGUGAUGGCUGAUGUUAACAUGAACAGAGAGCAGGAGAACCCAAAAAGUCCUGUUGAACGUUUGGGCCUCAGGAAGCUCUUGGACCUGUCCUCUAUUUACAUUGAUGGUAAUGGCUGCAGUAAGGCCCUUAAAGAGGCAGUCCAUCAGGGCAUGGGAACCAAGAUGGACUAUACCAACUGCACCUCUCCUGUCCCCCUAUCUUCCCUGUCUCCCACCAACCCCUCUAAAGACUCUACAAUCAUUAGCAACAUCUUCGUUACCCAGGAGGAUGUCAGUGGUUCUUUGAAGGAGAGUGGCAUGGGAGAGACAGUAAGGCAAAAUAGUACAAUCACCACUAGAACCAUCAAAAGCACUUACAAUGCAAGUGGUGUGGUGUCUUGCAGGGCUAACAUUCAGGAGCCUCAUCAGGCAUCUGUGGAGCUACCUUCGUCUGUAGAUAUCAUCCCUUCCUGUCCUACCACAGUCCACAACAGUGGCAUCAACACAGAAACUACUACUACUGUUGUAACUGAGCUAUCCAGCAUUUCCCCUGCUUUUUCCUCCACAGCCCUAACUUUGGACACCAUUACCCACAAUCCCCAGUCAACCUUUUGCUCCCCUCCUGCACUGCAUGAGACAGCCAACCAAUCAGAUUCUUCUUGUUCUUACCAUAGCAGUAUGGAUUCCCUACCUGGGCCAGAGGGGUUAAUAGGAGGGCAAAUGGGUUCAGAGAGGCCCCAUAGCCCAAUAAAAUCAGCUCCAAACACUCCUAAUGGUCAGCCAGAUGCAGAACCAAUAUAUGCAGAGAGCACCAAGAAAAAGCGCAGGCCACCAGGCAUUGGAAUGCAGUCCCAAUCCCAGUCUCAAAACCAGAUCCAGGAUUCAGCCCAGUGCUCUGAGCUUUCAGGAGAGGGCAAUCGAGCAACGAUCACUGUCAUGGCAGCACACACAGAGGAGAACAACCGAACUUUCUAUCUGAGCAGCCCUGACUCAGCCGUCAGCACCCAAUGCCACUUCAGUCCCACAGCCCUUAAAGAACCCAGCAGUCCCGCUUUCCGCUGGCCCAGCCCCAGCCAUAGUGCCCCAUCACUGGCCACAGACACCAGCCAGGGCUCUCCUUUGCAGCUCAAGCUUCAGUCCAGCCCCCCAGUUCCUCCUAAGAGGAGCAUGCGCUCCCCAAAACUUGGCACAUCCAGCCUGUCAUCCUCUACCUCCUCUCCAGUUUCUCUCCCUGAUCUCUCCAUGCUGGUCCUCCUCUCCCCAACAGAGGGGCAGUUUAAGUCCACUUCAGAGAAUCUUAGUAAUGUCUUUGAACGCCGGCACAUGCCAAAUCACCACGGAUCGAACUGGAACUGUCGCAUUGAGGAGGAGGAGGAGGAGGAGGAAAAGGAGAGGAAAGAAGGGGAGAUGAAGAAGGAGAUAGCCAAUCCAGGGACUGCCUCUUGUGUGAUGGGACAAGUCAAUGGCUCCACUGUCUGGAGGGAAACCAGGGAUUGGAGGGCCCACAGCAUCCCCCCUCCGAUGACAGAGCCAGGCACGGCCCCCCUGCCUGCCCCCAACAAUGGUGCCUGUCAGGGGCAGACUGAGGGCAACGGUGCAGAGCAGGAGGACAAACACAGUGGUAGCAUGCUGGCCAAGGCACCAUUGCUUGCUAGUUCAUCUGAGCCGCUGUCACCAGGAAAGAGGGCCCCCAACCAUGAGCCUAAUCACCCACCACCACCACCACCACCUAAGAAACACCACAGAGUGUGUAUUAAGAUAAAUGGCAGCAACAUGGAGCUGGACCGCUGUUGUCAGCAAGGAGGGUCCGUAGAGAGCCUCACUCAGGCUUUCCAGGGCCUGGGCAGUGCCAGUUUACCCACGGCUUCCACCGACAGCCUGAGCGCUGACACCGGCUCUUGGGAUGCAACACAGAUGGCCUGUUCGUCUCCAUUUCCCAGAAGCCCAAUGGCCUCAACAUCAGGGUCCCCUCACUCAGAUACAUUCAUCCAGCCACCACCGCUCCCAGAGAAAAAAAUGGUGAACCGCACAGUGUCUGCCCCUGAAAAUACAAAUGGAAAACCCUUUGUCCGAGCAUACCCCCGCCUUCCAUUCACCGGCUCAGAGAGUAAUGUGUCUAGACCAGGUGAUGCUAGUUCCCGAUCCAGUUUGCCAUCCAGUCCUGUAGACACGCGACCUCUUUUCUCCUCCAACGAGUCUCUAGAGCGUUGCCAUGCCCCACUAAGCCGGCCCUCACGUUCCCGGACCCUGAAUGAGCCGCUGAAGGGUCGCGGGCGGCUGGGAGUUCAUUGUCGAGGCAGUGUGACCUGCUCCUCCUCCCCCCAGCUCAGCACACCUUUUUCAGCUUCAGAACCAGUUUCUGCACCCACUUCAGGCUCCAGCCUUCAGCUCCAGACCUUACUAAGCAACAUCGACAGCAGGGAGGGGGUGUACUCCAAACUGGGUGGCCUCUACGCUGAGUCUCUCCGGCGCUUAGCUCUGAAAUGCGAAGACCACUUUACCUACUCUCAGAAAAACCCACUUAGGUUUGACGAGAGCAACUGGUCAUUGUUCAAGCUCACCUGUAAUAAGCCCAGUUGUAAUGCAGGGGAUGCUGUGUACUACUCUGCUGCCUGUGCGUCAGACCCCAGCAACUCCUACGCUGUCAAGAUCUGUAAGAGUGCAUCCAUGGAAGCCAAACAGGGCCAUCUGUAUGGCCUCUCGGUGCAGCAGAGUAUACCUCCCCAUUUUAACGUACAGCAGGACUGUGGUCACUUCAUUGCUUGCGUCCCCCAGAGUAUGUUACCCUCCGAUGAAGUCUCACUGCCCACUACACCAGCCUCCUCUCUGCCUCAGCCCUCUGCUUCUAUCCCUGGCCAGCAGGCAGAACGAGAACGAGUUGUGGUCAUCACCCGUGAGGUCGCUCAGCAGAGUGCUGCUGACUUUGUGCGGGGGUGGGAGGCAUUUCAUAAGGCUCAGCCAGAGGUCUAUGAACGCCGUGUAUGCUUCCUGCUGUUGCAGCUCUGCAAUGGCUUGGAGCACCUAAAGGAGAAUGGGGUCACCCACCGUGACCUUUGCCUAGAAAACCUGCUGUUGGUACCACAUCACCGCAGGCUAACUGUGUCACAAUCUCAAGUCUUGCCAGCUCUACCUUCGAAGACCGCCAAUGAAAAUGGCACCAGUAAUGGCUCAAGUACUGCCGACAGUCAACGUCACCUUCCUCGGCUUCUCAUCAGCAACUUUGCCAAGGCUAAACGCCGCUCCUCGGAGGAUGCUGCAUCAGCCAGUGCUGAUCCACGUGUCAAACGUGACCACGCUAGGUUGGCACCUGAGAUUGUCUCAGCUGCACAAUAUCGCAAGUUUGAUGAGUUCCAGACAGGCAUUUUGAUUUAUGAGCUCCUGCACCAACCCAACCCAUUUGAGGUGAGCCCGGCACUAAAGGAGCAAGACUACCGCUGUGAAAACUUGCCCCCUAUUCCUACUGUCUCCCUGUACUCAGCUGGUCUACAGAGGCUGGCCCAACUCCUUCUCCAACCUGACCCUAUUAAACGUAUCCACAUCCAGGAGGCCAAGCGUGUGCUGCAGAGCUUGCUCUGGGGUCCCAGAAAGGACCUGAUGGAGCAGCAGUGGGACAGGCAUGGGCUUGGAGGAGGCCUUGCAGAGGGAUCCCGGCACGAGGGCCUCCUUAACUGGCUGGAUGUGAAACGGGCACUGCUGAUGAUGAAGUUUGCCGAGCGUUCACUAGAGCCAGAGAGAAAUGCCGAGCUUGAGGACUGGUUGUGCUGUCAGUACUUCUCCUCAGCUCACCCUAUGUUCCUUUGCCAUACUGGAGAACUGCUCUACUCACUCAAGUGAUGACUGAAGUGGCUCAGGGUUUGAAUGUGUGAGUGAGUGUUGCUGAUAUGUAUGAACAUGGGUCUGAGUGAAGGAGACCAUUAAUGACAAUGUCAAUAUCAAGACACUAUGGAUGUGACCAGUCAGUGGGAUGAUUCGGAUUUUGCUCAUCCUACGAGGCUGAACUAUCUGUAGAAGAUGCUGUGAACCUGCCUGCCUAUCUAUUUGUGCUACUGCCUCAUGCAUGAGAGCCAUGCAUAAACCCUCCCGUCCACUACAUACCUUUUACACAUGAGGUAUACUGCUACAGACUGCUAUCUUACAGACUUAUGUAAAGCUAAAACUCAGCUGCGUAACAUAGACAUACACGGACAAAUUCACAAAACAGCACAAACAAACUUGGAGCACUGUGCCACUAAUUCCAACAUUUUUACGAUUUAACAUGCAUACUGUGUACUUACUGUAGAGAUUGGAGCAGCAUUAAUUGGCUGAUAUUACAACUGGCCAAUACUGCGAUGGUGACACUGUCUUGUAUUUAUCAACUAUCAAAAUAUACCUAUGUUACCAACUGAGAUCAGGCUUGCAAUGCAUAAUUUACAUUACAUGUCAUCUGGCUGAACAAAUUAAUGUUGUGGUUUUACAGCUAACUUUAUUUUUUUUGUGAACAACAAAAGCAUGGAUUCACAAGCUGCCCCACACUACCAUGCCACCUUCAUCAUUCAUUUAUAUAAUGGACAUGUAUAGCAGUGCUACAUACUUCACGUAGGUUUAUAUUCGUACAAACCACAUUUAUUUACUGAGUUGUUUUCAGAACAUCAAUCUGGUUAUCUUGAAGUCAAUGUUGUCUCACUUUGAUAUGAAUUAAAGAGGUACUAAACACUUAAACACGUUUUUUUAAGCUGUAAACUGACUGAUAUGACUGUACGGUGAUGAAACAGAUCAAUGUUGGGGUUAAUAUUGACAUUUCUUUCCAAAUGUAUAAGACUUGGCAGUUCAUGGGUUGAAAAUGGCUCAACACGCCAUCUACUGUUUUAAACCAGCACUGGACUUCCUAGGCCAAUGCUGACGUAAAGUCGACCAGUUGGGACUUAUCUACGUCCAUCCAUUAUCCGAACCGCUUAUCCUGCUCUCAGGGUCGCGGGGAUGCUGGAGCCUAUCCCAGCAGUCACUGGGAGGCAGGCGGGGAGACACCCUGGACAGGCCACCAGGCCAUCACAGGGCCCAGUCAGAUUCCCAGUUGCAGAAUUGGGUUUUAGUGUAAUGCGCAUGCGCAUUCACUGUGGCUCGUUAUAAUUCUUUCGAGGUAUGAACCUCAUGUUGGGUUUUUUCUGCAAAAUAUCAUCGAUUUGUGAAUGCGUUUAUGAUAAAAAAAAUUCAUCUUUGUAGACUAUUUGUUAAGAUGUUUUAUUCAAACACGGUUAUUUGGCCAAAAAUGUUGGACAAAGCUAGGCAUUGUGAUUGAAGUGGCAGACGAUCGCAUUUUAUUUUCAUUUUAUUGUUUCUCUUCAGGUCAUCGUAAGGAGUUGUAGUCUUGUUCAGAUUAGACGUUUGCAUCGCAAUGGCAUCGAGUGGAUAUUCGCAGGCGGUGAUGCUUCUUCUGGCGGCCCAGCUUCUAUGUUUGGGGGCAGUCUGAAGGCGCUGCCUGUUUGUCCUCCUCAGUUUAGCGUUGAUGAAGCUGUGAGGAGUGAGGUUUCUCUCCAUCACUUACACUGUUUACAAGGACAGGAGUGAUGGGAAACUUCAUAUCAGCCUCCUCCGUUGUUACGUAGACUGUUGUUUCGUAGACUUAUGUACGUAACAACAUUUAAAAUUUAAAAAAAAAAGAAUGUUAAUGCUCUCUAAUCAGAGGCGUUGGCCCACCUCCCCCAGCCCCCGCCCUUGAGUCUGUGAAACCGCGCUCAUUUUCAAAUAUACGAUGAUCGAGACUCAUCAUUUACAGUAGUUUACUCACUAACCUUGCGCCUUUAUUACAUUUUCUACCAACCUUUAGUUUCUCUCAAUUUACAGUUAUAAUUAAUUAUAUUACUUCAUCCUUCUCAAUUUUGGCGCAGUGGUUCGGACUUAUACUUUUCAUGGCUGUAGAUGCACCACCGAACAACUGGAUCGGCCGGGCUGGACUCGCGCCGCGGCUGGGGAAGCUGCGUCCCGUCGCCCGCCUCUUUCCGCCGCCGGAAAGCCACGGCCUGUCUGGCGGGGCCCCCACCGUCUGCGGCGCAUCCACAUCGUGGAGAGGAGUGGGUACGGCUGCGAGCCAGCGACUCGCGCCGGGCCCUCCUCUCCCCAGCUGCUCCUGCCCAUGCUCCUGCCUCACACGCCCCCCCCCCCCCCCCCCCCACACACACACACUCCCCCUUCGGUCCCUUGGCCACUUAAGCAUUUUUCAAAGUUUUGAAGAUCAAAUCAAAUCAAUUUUAUUUGUAUAUCACAAAUUACAAAUGUGCCUCAGUGGGCUUAGAUGGAGAUGAUGAUGAUGAUGGAGUUAGGCUCAGACCGAGGGGAGAGGUUACACUUUAAUAAUAAGCAAUGCUGUCCACUGUCAGUUAAUAUAAGUUUAGGUUGGUCAAACAAAUUUUUGAUAUUAGUUUAGAUAUGAGCUCAGUUUUCCCUUAAUUUUCUUUAAAACUUAUGUUGUUGUGAUCAAUGUUAUGACUUCGGUUUCAGUACCUUUCGUUAUGUUACAUUGAUCGAGAACCCAUAUGUUAAUAUUCCUUCCUUCUUUAUAUAUAUUUGUGAAACUGGACUUUCACAGUAUGUUCUGGGAACAGGCAGAACUUUGUACAGACAUUUGUAGAUGAUAUGGAAAUAAAGUGUGCCCAAGCAGGUCUUAAAAAGCCAUGGAUAUGAACAGUAGUAAAAAUAAAUAUUUAUGAUACCUAAUCAUUUGUUAUCCCAUAGUAGUCACUGGAAUGCCUUUGAUUUGUUUUUUUCUUUGUAUUUUAGUUUGUUUUGCUGAUUUUUUUUUUAUCAACAGUUAAGCUUGUCUGCUUCCAUCAGCCCAUGUGGGCUGCUGAAAAGCUUCAAUGGACCUUGUUUCCUCCAAUAAAUAAAGAACAAAAUUCAAAACUGUAGGAAUUUAACAGUCCACGGGUCGUUUUUCUCCAAGGCUUUUGUCUUGCUGAAAACAAAAAAUAUUAUGGUCUGAUCUCACAACUAAUGAAUUAUUGAUUUUAAUAAUUUGUGUGAGCCUCACCUGUUUGCAUCUAUCAAUAAACUGUGCAUAUAUUUUCUCACA